AUGGUCUCCAAUCCAACUCUCAAACCCGCAGAAAGACACACCAAACCCCUCCCAACACCCACCCCGCCAACCACGAAGUCACCUCAAUACCCAAGAUAUCUCUACUUCGCCUACGGCUCCAACCUCUCUCCAGCCCAAAUGAAAUCCCGCUGCCGCGUAAACCCCACCCAUUCUGCCACCCCACUAGCAAUCGCAACCCUCCCAAAUUGGCGCUGGUUAAUAUGCGAAGCGGGCUACGCAAACGUUCUUCCACCACCGGGUCUACGCGUCGAAAAUCAAGACUCCGAGACUGCGCAUAAGAUCCCCGUUUCCGGAACUGAGGGCGCAGUCUACGGGGUUCUUUACCAAAUGGAUGUUGGCGAUGAGGGGAUUCUGGAUGGUUAUGAAGGUGUUGAUAGAUGUGCUGCUAGUGCAAAGGCUGCGGAUGGUGUGCCCAUUUCCGUUAGGCCUAGAGUGCAGGGACAUGGGUCUUAUAAUAAGUGGUUUGUCGAGGCAGAUGUUGUGAAGUGGUUGGAUGGGGCAGGGGAGAUUAGGGGACUUGGGGAUAAAGAGAAGGUACCGGUUCUGGUUUAUGUUGAUGAGAAUUGUGUUAGGCUGGCUAAGCCAAAGUUUGAGUAUAUUGCGAGGAUGAAUCGGGCUAUUCGAGAGUCUGUGGAUUUGGGGGUUCCCAUGGAAUGGGUGGAGGAAGUUAUGAGGAAGUUUAUUCCUAGAACUACCUAA